CACGCCCCUCCCGUCUUGUGACCGGCAGAGUGCAGCCAAUGAGAACACUCCAUCUGUAAACAUGGCGUCUGACUUCAGGUGGAGAUGUGUGGUGCUCCUUCUCUGCACAUAUAUGCUUCGUAUAUUAGCGACAGACAGUCAAAUUAAGGCCAAGAAAAAGAAGGAUAUCCGAGACUACAAUGAUGCAGAUAUGGCGCGGCUCCUGGAACAAUGGGAGGAGGACGAUGACAUUGAGGAAGGGGACCUCCCUGAGCACAAGAGGUCUCCUCCUCCCAUCGACUUCUCCAAGAUGGACCCCUCCAAGCCUCAGGAGCUGCUGAAGAUGUCCAAGAAGGGGAAGACUCUGAUGGUGUUUGCCACAGUGUCGGGGGAGCCCACUGAGAAGGAGACGGAGGAGCUCACUGGCCUGUGGCAGGGCAGCCUCUUCAACGCCAACUACGACAUCCAGAGGUACCUACUGUCUGACCUCCUUAAACAUCAAGUGACACUUUGCAGAGCAGCUGUUCUGUAAAUUUGGUCACCAUGAAGGAUUUUUUAAAUGUCUUGUCAGGUGGACAAUCAGAUAAUUAACUAAUCAUUUGAACAGCUACUAAGUGUUCAAAAUAAAAUUGGCAGACAGAUGGAAGAAGUACUCAGAGCUUGUACUU